AUGCACCUGCAAGUGCUGAGGGACCUGGCCAAUGUCAUUGCAAUAAUCUUUGAUCAAUCCUGGCUACUGGGAGAAGUGCCUGAAGACGGGAGGAAAGUAAAUGUCACUCCUAUCAUCAAGAUCAAGAAGGAGGACCCAGGGAACCACAAACUGGUCAGCUUCACCUUGUUCCCUGGGAAGGUGAUGAAGCAGCUAGUCCUGGAAACCAUUUUCAGGCACAUGAAAGACAAGAACGUGAUCUGGAGUUUUCCCAAGGACUGCAGUGAGAUCCGUGCUGGCAGCCCCAGCGGCAUCUACGUCAUCCAGCCCACCGGGCUGCACCCCAUCGUGGUGUACUGCGAAAUGAACGUGACGGACGGGGGCUGGACGGUCAUCCAGAGGAACCGGCAGAGCACGGAGAUCACCUGGGCCGAGUCCUGGAGCACCUACAAGUACGGCUUUGGGAACGUGCACACUGAGUACUGGCUGGGCACUGAGUACAUCCAUCAGAUCUCCAGGCAGAAGGUCUACCAGGUCAGGUUUGUCAUCUGGGAUGCCGCAAAUAACAUCAAGUUCACAGACUACAGCCUCUUCAGCCUGGAAGAUGAGUCCCAGGGCUACCGGCUGAGGCUGGGAACAUAUGCGGGGACAGCAGAGGAUGCCAUGACCUCAGACAAUCCCAGGAAUGUGCACAACAACAUGAAGUUCUCCACAAAGGAUCGGGAUCAGGACACUUACCGUGGGAACUGUGCCUCCAGCUAUGGGGGCGGGUGGUGGUACUCGGCGUGUUAUGCUGUGCGGCUGAACGUCAAGGGGGCCAGAACGUGGUGCAGCCUGUGCAAUGGGAACUGCAAAGCCUCUGCCAUCCUCAUCAAACCUGCUCUGUACCAUUAG